ACCGUCGCAUUGAGUAAUUGUUUUUGCCUUUUUGCGCUACUGCAGCGAGAAAUCCGAAGAGAAUGUCAAAAAGACGUUUAGAUAUCGAUGAUUCAUACAGUAAACGGAAGGGAGAAUCUGAUUAUAGGGACAGGGAUCGAGAGAGGGAAAAGAGGGACCGAGAUGAUGACAGAGAUCGAGAUCGUGAUAGGGACCGUGAUAGAAGAGACCGUGACAGGGAUAGAUCACGAUGGGAAUCCUCAGGGGUUACCAGUGCACCCAUGUCCGUACCAACUCCUACAGUAGUUAUCAAUCCAUUGAAUCUCACUCCUUACUCACAAAAAUACUUCACAAUCCUGGCCAAGAGGAAAACACUGCCUGUCUGGGAAUACAAGGAUAAGUUCAUGAAGAUGCUGGAGGAACAGAAGAUUAUUGUGCUCGUAGGAGAGACUGGUUCUGGUAAAACUACACAGAUACCUCAAUGGUGCAUGGAGUAUGUGAGGAGGAAGUUCCCAGUUAAUAAUAUGAAGGGUGUUGCUUGCACCCAACCCAGGAGAGUAGCUGCUAUGAGUGUAGCCCAGCGUGUUGCUGAUGAAAUUGAUGUUGUUUUGGGUCAAGAGGUCGGAUACAGCAUCAGGUUUGAAGACUGCACUUCAAACAAGACACUUGUCAAAUACAUGACAGAUGGUAUGUUGCUUAGGGAGGGUAUGACCGAUCCUUUGCUUGAGAAAUAUGGUGUGAUCUUACUUGAUGAGGCUCAUGAACGUACCUUAGCUACAGAUAUCCUCAUGGGUUUACUUAAAGAGGUGGAGAGGCAGAGAGCAGAUCUCAAGCUUGUUGUCAUGAGCGCCACACUUGAUGCUGGAAAAUUCCAGCAUUAUUUUGACGAUGCGCCUCUGAUGACUGUCCCUGGACGUACCCAUCCUGUAGAGAUCUUCUAUACCCCUGAACCUGAGAGAGAUUACCUGGAGGCUGCUAUACGUACAGUGGUUCAAAUACAUAUGUGUGAGGAGGUGGCGGGAGAUAUCUUACUUUUCUUGACUGGUCAGGAGGAAAUUGAAGAGGCCUGUAAACGUAUAAAACGAGAGAUUGACAACCUUGGUCCUGAGGUAGGUGACCUGAAGACCAUCCCGCUGUACUCCACCCUCCCUCCUCCUAUGCAGCAGAGAAUCUUUGAGAGUGCUCCACCAAACAAGGCCAAUGGAGCUAUUGGGCGCAAGGUGGUGGUAUCUACAAACAUUGCAGAGACGUCAUUGACUAUCGAUGGUGUGGUGUUUGUGAUUGAUCCUGGAUUUGCAAAGCAAAAGGUGUACAACCCUCGUAUCAGGGUGGAAUCUCUGCUGGUAUCACCUAUUAGUAAAGCCAGCGCACAACAGAGGGCAGGUCGUGCUGGUCGUACCCGUCCAGGGAAAUGUUUCCGUCUCUACACUGAGAAAGCAUAUGAUACUGAGAUGCAGGAUAACACAUAUCCUGAGAUCUUGAGGUCUAAUCUUGGUACUGUGGUUCUGCAGCUUAAAAAGCUUGGUAUCGAUGACUUGGUUCAUUUUGAUUUCAUGGAUCCACCAGCUCCUGAGACUCUGAUGAGAGCUCUAGAGCUGCUGAAUUACCUGGGAGCCUUGGAUGAUAGUGGUGAUCUUACCCGUCUAGGGUCGAUGAUGGCUGAGUUUCCCCUUGACCCUCAGCUUGCUAAGAUGGUCAUUGCCAGCACAGAUUACAACUGCUCCAAUGAGAUCCUUUCUGUAACAGCCAUGUUAUCAGUCCCACAGUGCUUCCUACGACCCAACGAGGCCAAGAAGCUGGCUGACGAGGCUAAGAUGAGGUUUGCUCACAUCGACGGCGAUCACUUGACUCUACUCAAUGUCUACCAUGCAUUCAAGCAGAACCAUGAGGAUCCCCAAUGGUGCUAUGAUAACUUCAUACAGUUCCGUUCCCUGAAGUCUGCAGACAGUGUACGGCAGCAGCUGGCUAGGAUCAUGGACCGUUUCGCUCUACGGAGGACCAGCACGGAUUUCAACAGCAAGGACUACUACCUGAACAUCCGCAAGGCUCUGGUCAAUGGAUUCUUCAUGCAGGUCGCUCACUUAGAAAGAACUGGUCAUUACUUGACCGUCAAAGACAACCAAGUUGUCCAACUUCAUCCAUCCACCUGUCUUGACCACAAGCCUGAAUGGGUUCUUUACAAUGAAUUUGUACUGACCACUAAGAAUUAUGUCCGAACGGUCACUGACAUCAAGGCAGACUGGUUGAUGCGACUUGCUCCACAGUAUUAUGACAUGGCCAAUUUCCCACAAUGUGAAGCCAAGAGGAUACUGGAGAGGAUUGCUAUGAAGAUACAAGGAUGGGAAAAACAGUAAUAUCAUGUGAUCAAUCAUGUGACUCAUUUCGCCACACCAAGGACUCAUUGUAAAUUAUGUGAAGAUCAAAAAGACUUAUUUUCAAACAAUUUGCAAGUUGUAUAGCACAAAGUACCUUUGUUAUAUGUCUACGUCUGUAAAAUUGUUUCUUGAAGUAAUGUAAGCAUUUGAACAUUGCUCACAAAUGGGGGUAGCAUUUGCUCCAAGCGAGUGCUGCUAAUUAUUUUUAAUCACCCUAAUGAAUGUAAUUAUUUCAAAGAUUGUGAUAUUUAGAAUGGUAUGCAUGCAAAAACUAUUGUCAUCUAGUUACAAACCUGCACUGUUAUUGUACAUGCAAUGUAUUUAUCAUUCUAAAAAUGGAUUCAAAUUAUGAUAUUGUCUUGUAAAUGCACUGUAUCAAACAAAGUGCUAUGAAUUAAAACACCUUAUCUUGCAAUAUUGUUGUCAGCUUUCAUGGGAACUAUGAGUACUUAUCUACCCAGCUUUGCAACAUAUUUAGUAACCUGAUAUAAUGCAUUGUAUGUUCCACAUAUUGCCUCAUACGGUAUGUAUUUUUCUGGCUGAAAAGUGCCUGAGGUCAAGAUGAAGAUAUGUUUUUGAUGGGAAAGUAAGUUGUUGGCUCCACUAAUGUCACGUUAUCAUCCUUUUUUUUGUCCUCGUUUACAAUCUGGGGCCUGUUGCAUAAAAGAAACUCUAGCAUUUUUUUGAGUUUUUCAAUGUAUUUUGAUUGCCCGAGUUUCGGUUUAUUUACCAGAGUUUUUCUUUUUUAAGCGAAAGUUUUAUGCAACAGGCCCCUGUGUCACCUCGAAAGCUGACAAUAUAAUACUCGUGUGGAUGUAACCUGUAAAUUUCAGUGUGGUUAUCAUGCAACUUUUGCAGAAUCUGAUGAGACUGGUGAAACAGCCUAUACGUUAAGUUACAUUGGUGAAAAAAUGUCUUCAAUAAUUCCAACUUGAAUGACUUUUGGCCAUGUGAGGUUGACUUUGCAUCAUUCAAACAGUCACUUGUCCAUUGUUUCACACAUUGAAGUGACAACUAUCUCUCUAUUUCCUUAUGAAUUGAUUGAGCCUAAGUGAGGCAUCUAUGCACAUGAAUUUUCAAUCAAGUUUGGGGACAAUUGCUUAAUUUGACUGUCUACUUCAAUUGUAAGGUUUCUGUAUUUGACUGUUUUUACACAUCAAGAAUUUGACAUCGAAGUUGACAGUAUAUACUCUGUUCAUUUCUACCAGCUAUCAGUAAAAAACCCCAGCAAGUGCUACUACUCUAUAACAGGUGAUAUCCUUUCCAUUGCAUAUAUGAAUGGAUGUCAGUGCAUUUACUAUUUAGCUUCCUUACUUUUUCAGCUUACUUUACAGCAAUUUGUAUUGCUCUUAAGAAUCUGACCAAAAUAUUAGACCAUAAAGGUUGAGAAGCUUUUACAAUUCUAAUUUAUGACAUCAUACAAGGUGAGUUAUAUUAGACAAUGUUAGUCGAUGCAAAUGCAUGAUCAAUUCUGAAUAUUUUUAUACUUCACUAUGAACCACAACACACAUAUUAUGUUUCCAGGAAAAUUUAUUCGUUUACCCAGUAGCUUAUUUAUUUCUUUUAUAAACUUUCAGCUACAAUAGGCAGUAUCAGAGAUAUGGUUCAGAAAAGCCACCUCACCAAACCACACUCCUUUGUUGAAAUCAAUUUUCUGAUGAUAAUGCUGGUCAGUGUAUGUUCUUGACUUCCAUUUAUCUUCAAGAACAAUGUUGAAGUGAAAUGUGUAAAUUUCAUUAAGUACGAAUAUAGAUAUAAUACACAUUACUCAUUAAAUUUGUGAAUUGUAAUAUAAGACAAGAUGUACUUGGUGAAAAGAAUGAAAUAUGUAAUGAUGGCUCCAAUAAUUCCAUGAGACAGUAAGGUCUAUUUUUAAAGCUGUGUAAAGUUAAUUUCUGAAAAAGCCACUUUGUGAGAUCUAUUAGGUAUGGCUGGUUUUGCAUGGAGUUUACAGCUGCAUGAGUGACAUAACUUUGAAAUGCAAUGCAUAAAAUACUUCUAAUAAUAAUGGGUUCUUAUGUUGUGCUAAGGACUAUCAGUAUCAGGUAUGAGAUGACCUAGUGGGUGUUGCACAAAGAGUUUCACAAAAUCUGAAUAAGUCUUGCUUAUAUGAAUUUUCAUGCAUAAUCUGAUUGAUAUAUAGGGCAUCCCAUGAAAGUGAUCUGAUCAACAGGGAAUUAAGAUUCAAUACAUAGUCAAACUUUAAUAUUUGUGAAACACACCUUUGGUGAUCAAGAGCAUGUGAAGUUUGGUACUGCCACUACUCUUUAUUUAAAAGGACUGUCCUGCCUGUGAGUUGGCCUAGUGACUUCAUUCAUUUGUGUAUAGAUGGAGAGUUAGGAUUGAGACAAGACAUUACUUAAUCAUCUGGUCAAAAUUUACAUCAUUCAUUGCCCAAUCAAUCUGAUAUUACUGGUGAAAUGUAACACAAGGUAGUAUUGUUGUUCAUUUAAUGUAUCUGGAUGUGUACAUAGUUUAUGCCAUUAUGAGCAUAUUAUUUUUGCCUCCAUGUUUUCUAUGUUUAUUUCCAUUUUUAUGUUGCCAAGUGCACGGCUGUCAAAUAAUCAUAGGCAUCACAAUGCUUAAUGUAAUAAAUAGUGGAAAACACUCAGAAAUAA